AUGGCAAGCUCAAGUAUGAAAAGCCUAUUGAAAGGCCUCCGAUACAUUUCUCAAGUAUUUGAAAUUGGAAAAGAAGAAGAAGAAGAAGAAGAAGAGAUAGAGAUCGGAAAUCCGACGGACGUAAAGCAUGUUGCCCAUAUUGGUUGGGAUGGACCAUCUGCUACUCCUGCCUCCGCACCAAGCUGGAUGAACGACUUCAAAACUGGUGGAGGAUCCGAAUCUGGACAAGGAGGUGGAGAAGAUGAUUCCUCUGCGAAAUGUAUGUCGGAAUGUGGCGAUCGGACCAGAGAUUUACCAAAACUACCAAAAUCAACGAGGAAAGCGGCUUCCGAGAAAGGUUCUCCGACAAGGGAAAUAUCAUCAUCAGACAAAACUAAACGCAGAUCUUCGAAAAAAGGAACCUCAUCAUCGUCAAGAAGACCAAAGGAAGUGUCUGAACUAAACGAGUUUUCUUCGUGGUCUAGUCCAAAUGUAGGAACAUCACCGGAAGUUCCUAGGAAAUCAAGGAGGAAGAAGAAGACGAAAGAAACUGGAGGAGGAGGAGGAUCAACUAGAUCGAUUAGAAGAUCUGACGUGGAUAACAUGUCUGAGACUGGUUCUGUGAGAUCUAUGCCUCAAUUUGACAACAGAGAUGACUUUUGA